UCACAUGACCGAGUCUUCGGCUGGAUAACUUCCUGUUCCGCGGUUGUUUUCCCUGCGGUAUAGAAACAUAACGGGUCCGCUGUGCUCUCUCUAACCCACCGGACUACAACCAUCCACCUGCCGCUGCGUCCUGUUCACCUGCUUUACAAACCGCGGGGAGAUGAGCACCGGAGGAGGGGCGGGUACAUAGUGGACCGGAGAAAGCGACUGCACCGCCGGCGGCUCUGUCGAUACAGAAAACAGAAACUAACGCAGCUGCGUACCUGCCAGAAAAAAAGGGCCGACUUCCCCGGAUAACGUAAAGAUCAACAUCAAGUGGUGGCUACUUGACGUUAGCUCUCUCUUCCCCCCCUCCCACCCCUCCUCAUCUUCCCCUUCCAAAAAACAACAACAACAACAACAACAACAGAGCCAUCGAUAUGUCCAAAUACACCAGCUUUCCAGAGCCGAUGGAAGACCAAAACCCUUUCCAGGACCCUGCAGUGACUCAACACAGCAGCAACACAGGAUAUGCCACACUGGACCUGUACAACCCAUUUGAUAAUACGACUGGGCCUCCACCACCGUAUGAAGCCACCUCUCCCUCUGCUCCAGCUGUGCCUGCACAGACUCCGCCCAGCAGGACAACACCUACUGAGCCUCGCAACUAUGGCUCCUAUACCUCCCAGACUGCAGUGAACGCUACCACAGCAGAGCUCCUGAGGAAGCAGGAGGAGCUGGAGAAGAAAGCCCGAGAGCUGGAGAGGAGAGAGAGGGAGCUGGAGUCACACAGCCUCGGACCUGGAGCCUCUCGUCAGAACAACUGGCCCCCGCUGCCUUCAUUCUGCCCCGUGGGCCCCUGCUUCUACCAGGACAUCAAUGUGGAGAUCGCUCAGCACUUCCAGCGCACCGUCACCAUCAUGUACUACUUCUGGCUGUUCUGCACUGGCACGCUGCUCUUCAACCUGAUCUCCUCCCUGGCCAUGUUCUGCGUGGACACCACCGGUGGUGUUGGGCUGGGCCUCGCCAUCCUCUGGGCCCUCCUCUUCACCCCAUGCUCCUUUGUCUGCUGGUACCGUCCUGUGUACAAAGCCUUCAGGAGUGACAGCUCCUUCAAUUUCUUUGCCUUCUUCUUCAUUUUCUUUGCCCAAGUUGUCGUCUAUGUCAUCAUGACUAUUGGUAUCCCUGGAUGGGGUUUCAGUGGGUGGAUCGUGAGCCUGGCUGCUCUGAAGCACAGUGUCCCCGUCGGUGCGAUCAUGAUGAUGAAUGCCAUCCUCUUUACUGCCCAAACCGCCAUGGGGGUUGUCAUGCUGAAGAAGGUCCACAGUCUGUACAGGCAGACCGAUGCCAGCUUUCAGAAGGCCCAGGCCGAGUUCGCCACCGGAGUCAUGUCCAAUCAGGCCGUACGCCAGGCAGCUACCACUGCCGCCACCAGUGCCGCCACGGGGGCCUUCACCGCACCCCGAUAGAGAGGGACGAGAGGGGUUGGGAGGGUGAGAAGUAGAGGAGGAGGAGGAGGAGGAGAGGGGCCCUUUCAGCUUGAUAGAGGAUCAGUCUGGUAUUUAUUUCCCCGCAGGUGAUUAGUUGA